AUGAGUUCCGGUUGGCCGCCAACCAGGAGCGAAAUACUCGAGGCGUACAUGUACUGGAAGCUCUACAUUCCAAAUCUGUACGAUUUUAUCUACAGUAACAACCUCAAGUCGCCGUCGCUCACCGUCGAAUGGCUCCCCGGCCAGGAGAUUCCGGAGGGGGAGCUUUAUCGCUUCCAGAAACUGAUCCUCGGAACUCGCGCGGCAGAGAAUGAGCAGAACAGGCUUUUGCUGUUUCAGGUUAAGCUGCCUAACUACGAUGAUGAAGGCGAACCUAGAUCUUCUGUUGGGAAUGGGAAGAUAAAAAGAGUGCAGCAAAUAAAUCAUGAUGGGGUAGUUAACCGGGCUCGUUACAUGCCACAAAACCCUAGUAUUAUUGCUACCAAGACAGGCAGUACUGAGGUUUUCAUUUUUGAUUGUGCCAAACAUCCAUCAAAUCCUCUCGGAAAGGGUGUUUGCAAGCCUGAUUUGAGGUUAACUGGUCACAAAGAUAAAGGGCAUGCCUUGUCCUGGAGUCCAUUUGAGCAGGGUCAUUUGUUAAGUGGCUCAGAGGAUGGUAAAGUUUGCUUGUGGGAUGUUAAUGCCACUCCGAAGGAUAAGAAACUUAACUCUAUGCGUAUAUUUGAUAUUGAUCAGCAUGGAAGUGUUGAGGAUGUAGCUUGGCAUACAACGGAGAAGAAUUUAUUUGGUUCAGUUGGAGAAGAUAAACGUGUAUGUAUAUGGGAUAUACGCACUCCAAUGGUUGGGCUUUAUAAUGGUGGUGCUCAUACUGCUAAGGUUAACUCCCUGGCAUUUAAUCCUAUUAGUGGAUGGGUUAUAGCAACUGGAUCUUCUGAUAGGAAAGUCAUAUUGUUUGAUCUGCGCAUGCUUUCUUCUGCCCACCGUCUCCAUACCUUGAAAUGGCAAGCCCAGGAGGAGGUUGCCCAUGUUAGGUGGAAUCACAAGCAUGAGAAUAUUUUGGCUUCAAGUUGUACUGGCAGGAAGCUUGUUGUUUGGGAUCUUAACAGGAUUGGCCGUGCACAAACUCCUGAGGACGCUGAAGAAGGACCCCCGGAGUUGCUCUUUCUUCACGGUGGCCACUUGGAUAGUAUUACAGACUUCUCAUGGAACCCAAGCUGCGAAUGGGCUGUAGCCAGUGUAGCUGUGGACAAGAACCUACAAAUAUGGGAGAUGAAAGAACGCAUUUAUGAAGAUUGAAGAUGAUUUGAUUUGCCAUUCCAUUCCAAAAGCCUCCACAGCAAAUGGAUCCCCAUAGCUUCCUUCAAUUCUUCUUCCAACUUCUGAUCUAUAUGUGGUACGGUUUAUCUUUAAUUUGCUUCCCA